GUGGGUCCAAUCGGUUGUGCUGGUGCUGCGCUCGAUAACAUCGAUGAUAGAUUGGUUUGGGCUGCCUUUUUUUCUACUAACCAGGAAGUAGCUGUUUCUGUUUACAGCCAUCGUGAGUUUGACGGGUUGCAGCUCGAGUCAAACAAAAAUGAACGAAACGCAAAGCGGAUCCAUCUCGGUUCACAGUUUCUCGGACAAGAUUUUGGAGCAGGUGGUUCACUUUCACGUGAUGAAGCUCAGCGGCGGGUUUUUCCUCUGGGUCGGUUCCGCUCCGGUCCUGUCCAACCUAGCGGUGUCAAUGAGCAGCAAAUAUGAUUCAAUGCCAUUAUCCACAUUAAUCAUGGGGGACCCAUCCAAUACUGCUCCAAAUUCUUUGUCCCAGAGAUUAGCAAAGAAGACCAAAAAGCAGGUAUUUGUGAGUUACAGUCUCCCAAUGACAGACUCCAACCUCAGUCUCUUGGUGGAGAACAGGAUCAAAAAGGAGCUGGAGCUUCACCCCGAACACUUCUGAACACGUUUGAUUUUUUAUUGAGCAUCUUUCAUAUGGAACUGAGGACAUUUGGGGGGGGGGCAGGACAGGACAGAACAGGACAGGACAGGCCCUCCUCCUAUUUGGACUUAAAUACUCCCUCGGAUACUUCCAAAUCAUACUCCAACACAACUAGAAUCGGUCACAUCAAGUGUUCUUUUAUUGACAUAAUAAAUUAAGUGGUUUAUUAUCAAAACAUGUAGGCCUAUGGCUUUUUGUACAAAUGCAUCAUAUUAAAAAAAUAACACUUAGAAAACAGCA